AUGGCUGCCAACGGGACCCCCUCGCCAUUCGUGACCCUCGUUUCAUCUGAUGGUUUUGAAUUCCACGUCCGUCGCUCAGCAGCCUGCGUAUCUGCAACCAUCCGUCGCAUGUUGGACCUGCAGAGCAAUUUCAGUGAGGCGCAGACGGGAAUAUGUCAUCUUGAAAAUAUCAACGGCAUUGUCCUAGAAAAAGUCGUCGAAUACUUCUACUACAACGAGAAACAUCGUCAUGAUACUGGUGUGCCAGACAUGGAUAUCCCGUCAGAGUUGUGCUUGGAACUUCUCAUGGCUGCGGAUUAUCUCCUUACCUGA